CGUGCUGACGUCACGGGUCGGGUUCUCGAGGAGGUCCGAGGGCGACUGGCUCCGGGUGGUGGGCUGCGCGUCGCCUGCUGGGCUUGGUCUCGGGGCCCAGGUUCCGCUCCGCCGAGCCCCGCCCCUCCGCCCGCGAGGGCCCUCGCGGGCGUGACCACGGAGCCGCUGUCCCUGGGGCGGCCGGCCCGGAACCGCCCGAUGAGAUCUCUUCUCUCAAGGGAUGGUGAAGUUGGAAAAAGGCUCCUUUAAUCCUCCUCCAGGAUGAACCCCCUGCCACAAGACAUGGAGAAUGCUCUCACAGGGAGCCAGAGCUCUCACACUUCUUUGCGCAACGUCCAUACCAUCAACCCUACACAACUCAUGGCCAGAAUUGAGGCCUAUGAAGGAAGAGAAAAGAAAGGCAUAUCUGAUGUCAGGAGGACUUUCUGUCUGUUUGUCACCUUUGACCUCUUAUUUGUAACAUUACUGUGGAUAAUAGAGUUAAAUGUGAACGGAGGCAUUGAGAACACGUUAGAGAAGGAGGUGGUGCGAUAUGACUACUACUCUUCUUAUUUUGAUAUAUUCCUCUUGGCAGUUUUUCGAUUUAAAGUGUUAAUACUUGCAUAUGCUGUAUGCAGACUGCGCCACUGGUGGGCAAUAGCGUUGACGACAGCAGUGACUAGUGCCUUUUUACUAGCAAAAGUGAUCCUCUCAAAGCUUUUCUCUCAAGGGGCUUUUGGCUAUGUGCUGCCUAUCGUUUCAUUCAUCCUUGCCUGGAUUGAGACAUGGUUCCUGGAUUUCAAAGUGUUACCUCAAGAGGCAGAAGAAGAAAACAGACUCCUGAUAGUUCAGGAUGCUUCGGAGAGGGCAGCACUUAUACCUGGUGGUCUUUCUGAUGGUCAGUUUUAUUCUCCUCCUGAAUCUGAAGCAGGAUCUGAAGAAGCUGAAGGAAAGCAGGACGGUGAAAAACCACUUCUAGAACUAUGAGUACUACUUUUGUUAAAUGUGAAAAACCCUCAUUGCAAGUCACCAGAGGAAAAAAAGGCUAGAGAUGGGGUCUCCCUGUUGAAGGUUGAAAUGGUGACAUCCACUGCUGACUUCAUUGAAUGGCUAAUAAAGAAUUUAUUUACUGUAAUACCUCACAGACACUGUACCACAUCGAUAUACGUUUAGCAGCCUGCCUGUGGCUGCUAAGAUAACGAAAUGAUCCGUCGUGUGUUCAGUGAGACCGAGUCUGAUCUGUUAAUGAAUAGUUGCAGAAAAGUCUUGUGCUGUAUUCCUAAUCAGAAGACUUAUUAAUAUAUUGGAAUAACACUGUUUUAGUAAGCAGAGUAUCUUUUUAUUAUGAUUUGCAGAAUGGAAUUUUUUUGUUUCUUGUCUCAGAUUUCUUUUGUAUUUCUUUUUUAACACCCUAUAUUUCCCUUGUGUUUUUUAACUCAUGCACAUGCGCUCUUUGUACAAUUUUAAAAAGUAAUAAAAUCCAACAUAUCAAAAUGAUUAGUUUUAUUUUCUUUUGUGUUAUGUAUUUGGCCGAAAGUGUUGGAAUUACAAAAGGGGGACAAGGAGGGGUUGUGAAAACAUAUAAAAGAUCACCAGAAGUUUUCUAUUACUUUUAUCAUGAAAUAGUAUCUUCCUCCUAGAAGUAUGGUUCUGAAAUAGUCUGAGUACUCCUACUUUGAACCCACGCUGUGAAAUCAUUGCCAUCAUUAUCCCUUUGUGUUUAGCUAAUUUGAAUUAAAAUGAACUAAAUUA